AUGGCGGAACAGCAGCAGUUCUACAUUUUGCUGGGCAAUCUGAUGAGCCCGGACAACAACAUCAGAAAGCAGUCAGAGGAGACGUAUGAUUCGAUUCCAGGAGGAAACAAGAUCACAUUCUUGCUACAGGCCAUUCGAGAUGUGUCCGUCGCAGAAGAGGCUCGGCAGAUGGCUGCGGUGCUGUUGCGGAGGCUGCUGUCGUCGGCCUUUGAGGAGGUUUUCCCGGGGCUCACGCUGGAGAUGCAGAUGGCCGUGAAGACAGAGCUGCUCACGGCAAUCUCUCACAAAACCUCCCCAAACAUCCGCAAGAAAGUGUGUGACAUCGCCGCCGAGCUCUCCAGAAACCUCAUCGACGACGAUGGGAACAACCAAUGGCCCGAGGUUCUAAAGUUUCUCUUCGAUUCGGUCAAUUCUGACAAAGCAAGUUUGAAAGAAGCCGCGCUGCACAUAUUCUGGAAUUUCCCUGGCAUAUUUGGUAACCAGCAGCAGCACUAUCUAGAUGUUAUCAAGAGAAUGCUGGUUCAGUGUAUGCAGGACCAAGCCAACCCACAGAUUCAGAUGCUGGCGUCUCGAGCUGCUGCGUCCUUUGUUUUGGCGAACGAAGGAAACUCUGCGCUCCUCAAACAGUUCUCAGAUCUGCUGCCUGGAGUUCUACAAUCCGUGAAUGACUCGUGUUACCAAGGCGACGACUCUGUGCUGAAGUCGCUGGUAGAAAUCGCAGACACGGCUCCGAAAUACCUGCAACCGAACCUGGAGGCGACGCUGCAGCUCUGUCUCAAGCUCUGCGCAGACACAAACCUGUCCAACAUGCAGCGGCAGCUCUCCCUCGAGGUCAUCGUCGCGUUAUCGGCCAUGUUGAGGAAGCACCAGGCCCUCGUGGCUCAGAGCGUUCCCCAGAUGUUGACCAUGAUGGUGGAUUUGGAAGAGGACGAGGACUGGGCCCAGGCGGACGAGCUGGAGGACGAUGACUUUGACAGUAACGCGGUGGCUGGAGAGAGUGCUCUGGACAGAAUUGCCUGUGGCCUCGGAGGGAAGAUCAUCUUACCCAUCAUCAAACAGCACAUUAUGCAGAUGCUCCAGAAUCAGGACUGGAAGUACCGGCACGCAGGGCUCAUGGCUCUGUCUGCGAUCGGAGAAGGAUGUCACCAAGAGAUGGAGACUAUUCUGAACGAGAUUGUCUGCGUGGUGCUCCGCUUUUGCGCCGACCCGCAUCCUCGUGUGCGGUAUGCAGCCUGUAAAGCGAUAGGACAGAUGGCCACAGACUUCGCUCCCACUUUUCAGAAGAAGUUCCACGACAAGGUGAUCGUGGCUCUGCUGGAGACCAUGAAGGACCAGGGGAACCCCAGAGUCCAGGCCCUUGCUGCAGCCGCGCUCAUUAGCAUCACAAGAUACUGCCCAAAGUCUCUGCUUUUCCCGUACCUGGACAGUCUGGUCCAGCAUCUGUGCGCCAUCAUGCAGGCCAAGCUACAGGAGCUGAUUCAAAAGGGCACGAAGCUGGUCCUGGAGCAUGUAGUGACGUCCAUCGCCUCCGUGGCCAACACGGCGGAGGAGAAGUUUGUGCCGUACUACGACCUCUUCAUGCCGUCGCUCAAGAACAUUGUGGAGAACGCGGUUCAGAAGGAGCUGAGGCUGCUGCGCGGGAAGACCAUCGAGUGCAUCAGCCUCAUCGGGCUCGCUGUGGGCAAAGAGAAGUUCAUGUCUGACGCCGCAGCAGUGAUGCAGCUGCUGCUGAAAACACAGACAGACUUCAACGACCUCGAGGACGACGAUCCACAGACGUCCUACAUGAUCUCGGCCUGGGCUCGCAUGUGUAAGAUCCUGGGGAAGGAGUUCCAGCAGUACCUUCCUGUGGUGAUGGGGCCCCUCAUGAGAACCGCCUCCAUCAAACCAGAGGUGGCGCUACUCGACACUCAGGACAUGGAGAGCAUCUCUGAGGACGACGGUUGGGAGUUUGUGAACCUCGGAGAUCAGCAGAGCUUCGGAAUAAAGACGGCAGGGCUGGAGGAGAAGGCCACGGCCUGCCAGAUGCUGGUGUGCUACGCCAAAGAACUGAAGGAGGGCUUUAUGGAGUACGCAGAGGAAGUGGCCAAACUCAUGGUUCCUCUGCUCAAGUUCUACUUCCACGAUGAUAUCCUUUUUACACUCAUUUCACACUUGUUUACUUCUGUUUUUGAACAUCUAACAUGGUGCGACCUGCUUUAA